CGGAUGUUUUCUUCGACAGCUCGCCUCCAUAUUUAGAGUGCUGAUUUUUCUACUUGGAUACACGAUUUCUUUUUCCCACGACCUCAUACUCUACUCUGUCGUGCUUCCACUACCCACCUCGUCUCACCAUGGCUCUCCCAUCCCGAACACCCUGCCGAGUCAUCAUCAUCGGCGGGGGAGUAUCUGGAAUCGCCAUGGCCUGCCGCCUGAAGCGAGACUACAACCUGGACAACUAUCACAUCUACGACCGUCAGGCCGGACUCGGCGGCACAUGGUUGGCCAAUAUAUGUUUGUCUCACACCCACAUUUCUUCAGACAAGGAUACCCCUGACAACGUCCCUCUAGACCCCGGCUGUGCCGUUGACAUCCCUGGCUUCUGCUAUAGCUACUCCUUUGCCCCGAACCCCGACUUUACCCAGAUGUUUCCUCCGCAGGCGGAGAUUCUCGGGUAUAUUACGAAUGUCGUCAAACAAUACCACGUGGACCAGCACUUUACAGGGAAUGUGGAGUGGACCGGCGCCGCAUGGAGUGAUAAGUCACAAACCUGGUCCGUCAGCUUUCAGGAUGUUCAGACCAAGCAGGCUUUUAUGCAGGAAUGUCAGAUUUUGAUCUCCGCUGUUGGGGGUCUGGUCAAUCCUCAGCAGUUGAAGAUUCCCGGUACAGAGACGUUUCAGGGAGAAAUUAUUCAUACCGCUCGAUGGAAGAAAGGAGUUGAUCUUACGAACAAACAUGUUGCCGUUAUUGGGAAUGGAGCCUCUGCUGCACAGCUGGUCCCUGCAAUCGUCCACCAAGCCAAGUCCGUCACGCAGUUUAUGAGAUCACCCCACCACAUUGUCGACGCAACAAAUCACCAGAUCUCGCCCGAAUGGAGAGAUGCUUUCCGUCGCAUACCUCUCCUACUCUAUCUCAUCCGCUUCCUCCUGUUUCUAUGGAUGGAAAUCACAUGGUUCCGAUUCCAGAACAACCGCUUAGGAGAAAUUGGACGAAAGUCGGUUGAGAACCAGAGCCGGAAGUAUGUCCAAGACACGGCGCCCGCAUCAUAUUGGGAUCUCUUGAUCCCGAAAUACGAGUUCGGAUGCAGACGACGAAUCUUCGACCGCGGUUACCUGUCCUCCCUCAACGAGCCAAAUAUGCGCUUAACAGACGACUCCAUCGUCGAAAUCAAAUGCAACUCCGUAAUCACCCGCUCAGGCGAAGAGAUCCAUGUCGACGCCAUCCUUCUCGCCAACGGAUUCGCCCUCACACACUACGAAGUCCCGAUUCAGGGCCGCAAUGGAAAAACCCGCGAGCAGCACUGGAGUGAUUACGGACACAAAGCGACGUUCAAAUCUAUUGCGAUGCACGGGUUCCCGAACUUCUUCUACAUCCUCGGUCCAAACUCAGGGAGGCUGUAUACGUCUACGAUUCAGAUUAUCGAGAGCGAGGUGGGGAUGGUUCUCAAAGCAAUGCAACCCAUUCUUCACCAUCAGGCUGCAUCCGUUGACGUCCGAGUUGAUAAGGAAAGGGAAUACGAUGCGCGAUUGCAUGAGGCGAUUGAUAAGACAGUGCAUAGUACGUUGUGCGGAAGUUACUUCAUCGACAAGAGCACAGACAAGAACUGGUUCGUCUACCCGUGGAACUCAUUCCAUUUGUGGUUCUCAACAUACUGGGCUCCAGCCAGCGAUUGGGAAUAUAGACUCAAGGCGAGUAUUGAAAAGGCUUAAAUGGGAAAAAUAAUAGAGAUGAUGCAGAAAUCAUUUAGAUCGGGGGGGUUAUCUGAGCGUACAUGUUAGACAUUUUGCACCUGAAUCAAUUGUUUCUAAAUUCU